GUUUCCCGUUUCUAUUAAAAAAUUGCAAGACUUUUCAUGCAGCAAGUGCAUGUUUGCGGUUGGAAUAACCAAUAUAGCGGGGAAUUUUGAUGUGAGAUAAUGUCCUACUAUUCGCAAGAAGCUGGCUCACCUGCCAACAGUUGGCAAACUGCAGGGCCUCCAGGAAGUGUGUUUGAGGAUGAUAUUCGAGCAACUAGUCCAAACAGCACCCGUCAAACAAAGUUAGCACAACAGAAAGCACUGAUUGAAAAACGACAACAACAGAAAAGAGCACAAUUUGGAGUUAUGAAACCCAAUGACAUGAUGCGUCCAGGUUCUGGUCGGCCUGGAACAGCUGGUGAUAGAAGCAUGGUAUCAAGUGGCAUUGGUGGAACUAGCUAUCCUGGUGCUGCCAAUGAUGGUCGAAUAACCAUAGUGCCAAGGAGACAAGAUCCCGAAGUGGGACUGUUGGUUAAUGUGGGCCCAGAUGAGCCUCCCAAAAGGGAGGUAACGACGGACACUGAGAAGAAGCUGGCCGCGAUGGGACUGAACUCGAGUGCAGAUUACGCGCCGAACGAACACCAUGACGACGAUGACGAACUCGAAGAGGAAACGUUACCAGCAAUUGCGCCCAUUACGAGCAAAAUCUCUCGCGUCCCAUCGUCACAAAACAGCAACGAACCGGGCGAAAAGGCUGACGAGACUCCGGAACUCGAGGUUAAUGGUGGAGGCAACUUAGAUUUUGAAGAUCUUGAUCUCUUCGUUGACGGGCCCGCGCCUAAAGGAACGACGGUGAAAUGUAGGAUAUCUCGGGAUAAGAAGGGCAUGGAUCGAAAUAUGUACCCUACCUAUUUCCUACAUAUGGAAAAGGAUGAUGGAAAAAAGAUAUUUCUCCUCGCCGGUCGAAAACGAAAAAAGAGUACGACUUCGAACUAUUUGAUAUCCACGGAUCCCACAGACUUGUCUAGAAAAGGUGAAAGUUACGUCGGAAAAUUGAGGUCGAAUCUAGUUGGCACGAGAUUUACGAUAUAUAAUGAAGGGGUGAAUCCGAAGAAAGGAGGCGUGAUGGCGGAUGGCUCAAACAUUCGCGAAGAAUUAGGAGGAAUAGUAUAUGAUACAAACGUGUUAGGUUUUAAAGGUCCCAGAAAGAUGACCAUAAUCAUACCAAGUAUGGGCGUCGACUAUAAAAGAAUACCGGUUCAACCUAAAAUGGAGAGCGAAACGAUUUUGGAACGACAUCGUCGACGGAUGCUUGAUAAUUUACUGGAGUUACAUAACAAAACGCCCGUAUGGAAUGAUGAUACGCAGUCAUAUGUACUUAAUUUCCAUGGUCGCGUCACCCAGGCGUCGGUCAAGAACUUUCAAGUCAUUCACGAAAACGAUCCCGAGUAUAUCGUCAUGCAAUUUGGUCGAGUAGCGGAAGACAUCUUCACGAUGGAUUACAACUAUCCGAUGUCUGCCGUACAAGCCUUCGCGGUUGCGCUCAGCAGUUUUGACGGCAAGCUCGCAUGCGAGUGAUGCCAAAGAAAUGCAGAGGAUAUUUUAAACAGAACAAAGCGUGCAGAGUUAAAACUGUACACAUUUUAAUCUAGAUAUAUUUGGUCAAAUCCCCCACAGAGCCGCAUCGAAAUUUCAUCUAGUUCUUUCUGCUGUCGAGACGUAAUCAGAUUUCAGAGAUUCCAUGAGACUUUAAAAACUACAGCCGCCCAAGUUUUUCAGUUUUAUACCUUACGCAAAAGUCUGUCCAUUUCCUGAACUGUGUCCAAUUACAUAAAGAGCUACACCAAUCAAAAGAUUUGGACUAUAUCCAGUUCCGCCUGUAGGAUUUGAUGGGACUUUUGCAAACCAGACCUGUAUCACUUAUACAAAACUUACAAAAUACCAAAGAAUUCCAAACAGUCGAAAGAAUUAUGAGAUUUCGUGCGGCCCUGUGACUUGGUUAAACGUUACCUAUAGUCGUGGAAUAAAAACAAGUUUUAUCCAGUCGAGAGAUUGCUAAACCUCAACGAAACGAAUGGUACUUGAAUAAAAAGCAACCCAUGCAACCUUAGGCGAAGGUCCUUUUAAUAGAAAAACGAAAUUUUAAUUGUAUAUGACAAUGAACGUGUAUAGUUAGAAUGCAGCAUAUGAUAUCGUGUGUCGUUUGGGGUAGGGAGUGAUCUUGUUAUACGUCCUGCAAUACCCUACAAUUCCAUGCCACGUGUCAUUAACUUUUCUAUACACUUUGCGUUCACAAAGUCCUUUCCUUUACGUGUAUUAUAGAUCUUACAUAUAAACCAAUUCCUAUUGUCGACUGCGAACCCAUGUAGGACGUUUUCCGUCCGGACAGAUUGCUGGUCGAUAGGUCUAUUUUGUGUCGUAAGCAAAUGCACGUGCUAUCUUAGAGAGAAAUUGCAAUGAAAUUUUCUGUUUACUUUAUCGCGAUAACUUCAUUUAUAGAAUUGUAGUAUAAGUUUGUUCCUCGAGAUAUUCACCUUUGUUUCGUAUGCAAGUGUAAGGGAUCUGACAUCACAAUGCAUAUCCUGAGAAUCUGCAUUUGUUUGUAAAAAUAUUCAACCAUGUGUUUUCAAAAUGUCAUUAUGCGAUGUGAUUUCGCACAGGGGAUCGAUAUUUCCACAUGUUGUGAAACAAGAUUUGAUGGUUACGUUACUAAAAUUCCAAUUAUAAAGACGUUUUUAAGUCGGUUUUGUUGAUCUUCACCUUCCAACGGUGAAGGUUUAAGGUGAAUUUUCGUGUCAUUGACAUUGGCACUUCAAAUUCCUCUGUACGUAGUCGACAAUAUUAGCUAGCUUAUCUUCUACUGAAUACGCGUCAACUAUUCGUGUAACUGUGGCAUGAUUAAAAUAACAUAUAAUGUACAGUAUGAAAGAAAUUGUAUGAUUAUAAUUAAUGUAUUAUUGCUGUGCUUUGAAAAUAAAGUAUUUAUUAUAGA